AUGGCCGAGACGAGACCUCGACGACAACCAUCAUACGACCAGCAUGAUGAUAAUGAGCCGGAUGAGUUUUAUCGAAGACGACGACGAGGAAUUCUGAAACCAACAAGACACUCGUCUCGCCGAUUUGUUCCUUCUUCGUGGGCAAUAUGGGGUGUGCCAAUCCCGGUCAAGACCCUUCUUCUGGGAAUGGUCCAAAUGCUGCUGCCAGUUUCCAUGUGUUGGAUGGGGUAUACAGUGGAAAAAUUGACCUUUGGGGACUGGAUACUGCGAGUGUUGGUGAUAUUUACACUGACGCUGGUAUCAUUAUUGUUGCUGGUGGAUAGUACGUUAAGUCCAUCAUCAGCUUAUCAGAAAUCUGGCUGUCGAAUCAUGAUUACGCCUGCAGAAAGCAAAGAAUCGGUGGUCCCAUCGUCCAAAGCAAUACUGUCCAAGAAUUCGUCAUACCAAAAGAUUGUCAGCUUUGCCAAAGGAACCAAGUUCUUUCGUCUGCCUCGGCCGAAAAGCAAACGUCAACUCCUUCGUGAAAAACAAGAAUUGCAUCAGCAGCAGCAACAAGAGCAAUCACAGCAAAGCGGCAACAGAUCACAAACUCCAAUCAAAUUUCCAACCUUGGCGGGCAUGACGCCGCCACCGCCCAGGUUUGCAUCAAACGAAAUAGAUUCGACUCCGGAUUGGAAGCGAGCACAUCGCUUAUUGCGACAAGCCAUGAGAGAUGAUCCACCCGCCCACAAGCAUGAUGAGCGAGAAGACCUGUCAUCAGAAGGAAGACAGCUGGAUGUCCGUGACGAAGCCCAAUCCGCAAUAUCCAAGCAUCUAUUCGGUGACAACAAGUCUGGUAGUGAUGGCUUUGAUGCUGAUAGUGAGCGAGAUGAUGAUGAUACUGGAGACAAUUUAUCGGUGCAGGGAAGCAUGGUGGAACGUGAUGACAUGGAAGAUUUAAUAUCGGAAUCGUCUUCCAAAUUAUCCAAGCGGACGAGAAGUACUAUUCUCGCAUUGGAGGACGACGAGGAUUCUAUGAUUUUAUUCGAAGAUGACGAUGAUACAUAUGAAGAUACUAUUAUGUUGGGAACCCACACCUGCUACUCUCCGUUGCGAGCAUCCGAAUCGGAAGAUACAUUGGAGGAAGAGUUGGAAGAAGCCUUGGUGGAGACCAUAGAACAACUGUCUCCCAACAGGCUAUGCAUAUAG